UCGGUGCCAUGUCAGCCACGGGGGAUGGAGACCCGGGCCCGGGAGGCCCAGAGGGCCCCGCAGGCGCAGCUGGGGCCCAGACCGAGGCGGCCAGAGCCGGCGACCAGGUGGACCGCGACUCGGAGCUUCGCGGGGGCGACGCGGCGCUGGGUGCUUGGGGAGGCGCUGGGGAGGUGGCCCUGGAAGGCGGGGGCGCUGAGGAGGACUCGGACAUCAGGCCGGCAGAGGAGGAGGAGGAGGAAGAGGAGGAGGAGGAGGAGGAGGCGGCGGAAGAGGCAGCGGCGGCAGGGGGCCAGAACCUCGUGCUAGAAGUGCACCAGUUCCCCGCGGCGAGCUUCCACUUCGUGCUCCUGGAGCUGGCGUACUUACUGCUGCCCCGCGUCCCCUACAACAACCACGUGUUCGUCCCGCCCCCGCCGAGCGAGCGCGAAGCCUUGGCCAGGCUCCCCGAACCCCAGGCGCCCGAUGGGCGGGGCCCACAGCCCAGGAACCCGAGGAGCUCAGCACCCCUGAGGGUGAGCGGCUGGCGGGCGGGUCGGUCGGGAGACACGGGUAGCGAGGGACCCAGGCUCAGAGGGGGGCCUCAGGAGGUGAAGCCGGGAGUCGGGGCCUCCAGGAGCUGA